AUGUUUAAGUUUCUGCACGACAUUGAUGUGGCGAAGAGGAAGCUCCUGAACACCAUCAACAACAAAUUGGCACUCCCCAACGAAGACGAUGAGUGCCUCUUCCCGGGUGACGAACAAACUAUGAGCCGUGCACUGGGGGCAGGGGAGUGCUGGCUCCCAAUAAAAGGGGACUCUCCAAAGGGAGAGGGAGGCGAGGAGGAAGGCGAGGAGGACGAAGAGGGGGACGAUGAGCAGGACGAUGAGCAGGACGACGAGGGGGACGGCGAGGACGAUUCAAGCGAAACUGACGAGGACGACUCAGUCCAGUACAGUGGUGACAACGUUAGCGAAUCCGACGGUGAUGCGGAAACGAGUGUACGAAAUGGACAUGAAGAGACUGACACACAUGAGGAGAACGAAAAAAGGGAGGACAAAGCUGAAGGGGUAGCGACAGGAGGGCUAGAGGCAAGAGGGGCAGCGUGGAGAAGAAAAGAUGCUCCGACGAUGUGUGCGCCUCCGCAGGGCGAGGUCCAUGUGCAAAGCGCCAGCGCAGGGAGGAGGAUGAAGGCGCAGAAGGGGCAGUCUCGCCAGGGGAGUGAAAGACACGAAGAGAGCAGCAGAAUCGCCACCGGCAGCACAGUCAUCAUGGGCAGCGAAGUUAGCACGCAGGUGGGAGCCAUUCCGCUUGCUCAAACAAUCAGAGGACACUGCGGACACAGUGAACACAGCAGACCUAGCGAACGUGGCGAGAGCUCUGAACCGGGCAGCCGCGCCAUGCCCCAUAACGAAGGCCAAGUGGAUGAAACAGAAAGAAGUUACCUCCCCAAGUUAAAGAAGGAGACGCAAAAGUGGAAGGGAAAAAAACCCAAAGCUGACACGAACAUCCUUACAGAGUCUACCUUCUACAACAAUCUGAAACAGAAAGUGGCAAACAGUCUGUGUUGCAAAGUUGAUCGGAAAAAGUAUGACGACGUGGUCGAACAAAUGAUCCAAUUAAGAAAACUCUUCAGGGAAGAGGCAAACUUGAUGGUGGACACCGGGAAGGGUCAGUCCACAGAAGGGAGCUGCUCUCGUCAGCAACAGAGGAAGAUGGCCGAAGAGUGUGCCACAAAGAUAUGCGAUCUGGUGCUAGGCGAUAGGAGCAAGCUGUUUGGGAAGCUCCCCAUCCAUCGCAGUGGAGACGGGAAAGACGAAAAAGACGAGAAAAGCGACGAAAGCGAUAAGGAGGAGCAAAUUUUAAGUGACGAUACAAACGAGAAAACAAAAAACGCUAAAGAAAUAAUCGAAUUGAAAAGGAGAAACAAAAUACUUAACGACAUAAACGAGAGACAAACUAAACAACUGUUACAGCUAUCGUGUCAUUUGUCUUCCAACAUAAAAAGUGACUCAGAGACAAGUGAACGCAACUACAUAAGCGCUAAAGUUCACUGCAUGGAGAAGGAGCUAACUCAAUUGAAGGGAGAAUUGGCCCUAUUGGAAGAACUGGCUAGUGAUAAAAAUGUACUCGUAAAAAAAAACUACGAAUUAGGAUGUUUAAUAAAAUCGCUGGAAGUCUCUUUGCAGAGGAAGUCCCACCUGUGUGUUUCACUGUGGAGGGAGAAACACGAUCUACAGAAAAGGUUACAACGGUGUCGUGAGCAGGUGCAGCUCUCGAGGGAGGACCUGCGUGCCUGCAGAGCGGCUUUUCUGGACAUGAAGCAAAGGGAGAAACGACUCGCUUUCCAGUUUAAGGGCCUCAUCAAGACCCGUGGCGACAGGGCCGGGGGGGAAAUGUCCCUGCGGCGUCACAAAAGGAAGGGGAGGCUGAAGCUGCGCGUCAGAACCGAAAGCGCCGCUUGUAAUGAUUCAGCGCGGGAUCCCCCGUCGGAGCGGCCAAAGGGUGUCCAUUUUGAGCGCCACCCGAAAAGUGUAUACCCUCCGCGCCGUACAAACAGCGCCGAUCCCCUGCGGCCGCCACCAGUGGCGCCCCAGAGUCAUGCAUCCAAUUACUACAUCAGCGCUGGUGCGAUAUGCGAUGGGAACAGCGCUGCCGACUUCCGUGGCGACUGCGGUGCCCUGGAGGAGCUCUCGCGCAAAGUAAACAACUACAAAUUUUUUAUAGACGAAUGGAAGUCUUUUUCUGUUAGAAUCAAAAAAAAAAAAGACGCGGAAUUCAAAGAAACAAAAAAACUGUUAUCACAACAGGUUGCAAAAAAUGAAAUGCUAGAAAAAAAAUAUCAAACGCUUUUGGAGAAAAUGAGAUCCCUUGGCAGGGGUGCAGACAAAGGCAGUGCCAUGGGCACUGAAAUGGGUAGUGUCACAGACGGAGGGAUACGUUGUGAAGGGAGUCACCAGGACGGGGUCUGCCCCAAAACGAAGGAACUCAUAGACGAAGUGCAUUUUCUGACAAGUGAAGUUGACAAACUGAGGGAGGACCAGCUGCUCCUGCAGGAGGACGUGAAAAAGAAGAGCACUAUUAUCGUGCACCUUAUAGAGAAGCAAGCCCUCAGUGAGGAGCAUUUCAGAUUAGAGAAGAGACUGCCCAUACUCAACAACAAACUGACGUACGAUGAAAUCAGGAAGAUCAUGGAGGAGACCCUCAUUGAAAACAUUCGGCUUCGCUCCGACUUGGUCACUCUGGCCAAAUGUGUCAAGGGCGACAGCGCUGGAUCUUCUGUUGGGCAGGACAACCCUGGUGCGUAG